AUGAAGAUAAAAACAAUAAGUAGAUCAUCAGAUGCUUAUGUACCAGUAAGGAACACACAAGAAAGCUCAUUACCAAGAAAUCUAAAUCCUGCAUUACAUCCAUUUGAAAGAGCUAGAGAAUAUACAAGAGCAUUACAAGCAACAAAAUUAGAAAGAAUGUUUGCAAAACCAUUUUUAGGACAAUUAGGAGAUGGUCAUAGAGAUGGAAUAUAUGUUAUUGCUAAAAAUUAUAAUUCAACUAAUCAAAUAGCAAGUGGGAGUGGUGAUGGAAUUAUAAAAUAUUGGAAUUUAGGAACAAGAUUAGAAACUGCAAGUUUUAAAGGUCAUAAUGGUAUGGUUACUGGAUUAACUGUUACUCCUCAAAAUCAAAUGUUAAGUUGUGGUGAUGAUAAAUCUAUAAAAUUAUGGUCAGUUGAUAAUGAAGAAUUUGAUCAAACUAUAAAUGAUGAUGAAAUAUAUACAAAUACAAAACAAGGAUUAAUUAAAAUUUUCAAUGGUGAACAUUCUUUUAAAGGUUUAGAUCAUCAUAGAAAUGAUUCCUUGUUUGUAACUGGUGGUGCACAAAUUCAAUUAUGGGAUAUAAAUAGAUCAAAAUAUAUAAGUAAUUUAUCAUGGGGAGCUGAUAAUAUAAAUACUGUUAAAUUUAAUAAAACAGAAACUAAUAUAAUAGCAAGUACUGGAUCAGAUAAUUCAAUAGUAUUAUAUGAUAUAAGAACAAAUAUUCCUAUACAAAAAUGUACAACAACUUUAAGAAAUAAUUGUAUAAGUUGGAAUCCAAUAGAAGCAUUUAAUUUUGUAACUGGUAAUGAAGAUCAUAAUGCGUACUUAUGGGAUAUGAGAAAUUUAAAAAAAUCAUUAAAUAUAUAUAAAGAUCAUGUAGCAGCAAUAAUGGAUAUUGAUUUUGCUCCAACUGGACAAGAAUUAGUAACUGGAUCAUAUGAUAAAACUAUAAGAAUUUUUAAAACUAAUCAAGGUCAUAGUAGAGAUAUCUAUCAUACAAAAAGAAUGCAAAAAGUAUUCAGUGUAAAAUAUACAACAGAUUCAAAAUAUAUAAUAUCAGGAUCAGAUGAUACAAAUUUGCGAAUUUGGAGAUCGGUAGCAAGUGAUAGAUCAAAUAUCAAAUCAACAAAACAACGUCAAAAAUUAGAAUAUGAUAACAAAUUAAAAGAAAAAUUUUCAAAUAUGCCUGAAAUUAAAAGAAUUUCAAGACAUAGACAUGUACCUAUUAUAAUCAAAAAGGCUCAAGAUAUUAAAAGAAUUGAAAUUAAUAGUAUGAAAAGAAAACAAAAUAAUGAAAGAAAUAGUUCAAAUAAAAAAAGACAAGAAGAAAUUAUUACAGAAAGAGAAAAACAUGUUAGAGGUGUUGCUAUUAAUGAUAAUAUAUAA